AUGUCCACAUUCAGCUUGUCUGAACAUUUAACAAGAUUCCAAACAGCAGACAAAAAGACCUUUCCUCCUGUAGAGAGGGCAUCCAAUGAGCUGAAUAAAAUCAUUGACAGAUUGGCAGUAUCGCCCGAACAAAUAGAUUCAGAUUCAGAUACCCUUGAAACUCUGAUAGAUCUUUGUCUGAGUUUCCCUCACUUAGCCACCAAAUUGCAGACUCAAUUAACAUAUCUGAUUAGUUCAUCGUUGAACAACUUGACCAGCGAAAUUAAUGGAAAUCUGUCAACAAAUAUAAAUUACAAUGAUUUAGUUCUUCUUCUUCCGCAAUGGAGGCAACAUCUCGAAGAGUACGGGUUUUUGAUACAUGUUUUACUAUUUUUUUUGCAAGAGGACAUACACACGGCUUCUUUAAGAUCUUCAAACUUGAAUAGGAACAGGAAAAACCUGAAUUCUGCACCAUCUUCCAAUAAUGAAAAUGUUGAAACCUUCAAAAGAUGCUGUGGCCAAGUUGAAUCUUUAUGUGAUAUAAUCAUUAAGGUAUUAGAACUAAAUUUAUCGAAGAUCUUCCAGACUACACCAGAAAAGGAUUUAUUUAUUGGAUUAUUCUUGAGACCCUUAUAUUCGCUAACUGAAGUGGAACCAAUAGUCAAAGUUUCAUACUUAAAAGUUCUGAUUCAACGGAUUUUUUGUAUGUCAGUGAAAAGUCAUGGUCAAAACUCGAGUAUUCAGAAUGCAAUAAUGACAAAUUUAACUUACUUUCUACACCUUCCUAAUUUCAAUGCCGAACUACUUACGAUGCUAUCAAAUGAUUAUAAUUAUCCACAAUUAACUGAAGAUAUAUUGAAAGAGAUAAGUAACAGAGUAUUCAGCGCUAAAGAUUCUACAGGACCAAAAUCAAUUUCUAGUUUCUUAAUUAAACUUUCUGAAUUGUCUCCUGUUAUUAUGUUAAGACAAAUGUCACUUUUGAUACGACUUCUCAAUAAUAGUUCAAUCACACUAAGAUGCUCUAUUGUCGAGGCUUGUGGUAAUAUCGUCGCCCAGCUGGCCCAAGAUUCACAGACUUUUGAUCACUACAAACAGCAAAUAUCAGUACUAAUCGAGCUCUUAGAAGAAAGAUUUCAGGAUUCAAACCCAUAUGUUAGGACAAAAGCAAUUCAAGGCUGCUUAAAGAUUGUAGACUUAAAUCUUCGAAUAAACGAAAAAAGAUCAAACUUCACUAAACUAUCAGUUAGGUCCCUAUUAGAUAGAUCUUCUUUGGUUAGAAGGAAUGCAAUCAAACUACUGUCAAGGCUCAUACUCAAACAUCCCUUUAGUGGCAUACAUGGUACUCAAUUGAAAUUAGCCGACUGGACUUCGAAUCUUCAAUUAGCAGAAGAAAAAUCAACAGAAUUCUCUGAGGAUAAUAAUUCUCAAAUGGAAGAAGAAGAGAAUGAUGCCUCUGAGCUUGAAAGGGAAAGAGAGGCAGCUGCAAUGGAAUCAAGCCACUCGGAAGCCAUUAUGAAACUUAAGCUUAUGGUUGCCUAUUAUAAAGAUGCGAUUUCUUUCAUAGAAGACAUCCAUGAAAGUAUUCAGCGUAUAUCAAAUCUACUUUUCUCCAAAAAUAGAAACGAAGUCCUCGAAGCUAUGGAUUUCUUGGUUCUUACCGACGCAUAUGAUCUGGAACCAAGUGAACAAGCUAUAAGAAAAAUGUUACAUUUAGUUUGGGUAAAAGGGACAACUGAUGAAGGGACUAGUAUUGCCACACAUCUUAUCGAUUGUUAUCAUCAGCUUUUCUUCACAGUCCCAGAAACUUUCAAUACUAAGGAACGUGCGACACAUAUUGCAAAAAACCUAAUUAAGCUAACUACUAAUGCAUCCAUAGCAGACUUAGCCUCGUUAGAGAAGCUUCUUGGAAUGAUGUAUGAGAAAAGUUUAAUCGAUGAAAAUGUUGUGAAUGUCUUGUGGGCAAUAUACAAUUCUUGUUCAAAUAAAAAAGGGGAUUCCCCAGGAUUCAAAAAAGAACAAAUACAUGGUUCAAUAAUUGCACUUGGUAUGCUGGCACUAGAAAAUAACGAAAUAAUUCUAAAAGGUCUAGAUUCAUUGCUUAACAUCGGUUUGGGAGAAAUGGGGGAUAAAGAUAUGCUUCUGUGCAAAUACUCAUGCAUAGCAUUAGAAAGAAUGGUUGAUAAAAAAGAAAUAUCAAUAAAGUCUGCCAUCAGUACAGAGCACGAGGGAGAAGCUGUACGAAAGCUAUCGAGUAAAAUUAUAAGUCAUAUCAAGGAUCCUGAAUUUUAUCCUAUGUGUGAGCAAGCAAUCAGUGCCCUCUUCACCAUAUCUCCCCAGCCAGACAUUGUUUCGUCAGAAAUAAUUCGUGAGAAAACGAUGAUGACGUUUGGAAAGCCUGAAGAUGCCGAUGAAACAGUUUUUUCCAAGAAUUUCUCAAGAGUGACAUCCUUAAGUCAGUUGUUAUUCAUCGUUGGACAGGUGGCUAUUAAAACUUUAGUCUACCUAGAGAAAUGUGAAGCUGAAUUUAAGAAACGUAAGAUAGAGGCAGAAAUACGAAAGGGGAAAGAGAAGGAUGGACAACAACCAAAUAAAGAUCUAUCAACCGCUGAUGAAAGCAAAGAUAAUGAGCUGGCAAUGAUUGGCGGUACAAAUGAAGAUGAUUUCACGGACGCUAUUCAAUUUGUUAAAGAGAAUGAGCUUUUAUAUGGGGACAACUCUAUACUGAGUAAAUUCUGUCCUUUAGUGGAAGAAAUUGUCUCUAAUUCUGAUAGAUUCAACGAUACCAUACUCCAGAGGACAGCCGUUUUGUGUUUAGAAAAGCUUAUGCUGAUAUCCUCGUCGUACUGUGAAAAGAGCUUACCAUUACUGAUUACAGUCAUGGAAAAAUCACCUGAUCCCAUCAUUCGUUCUAAUGCUGUUCUUGGCCUAGGUGAUAUGGCGGUUUGCUUCAAUAAUCUGUUAGACGAAAAUACAGAUUACCUAUAUCGUAGGUUACACGAUGAGAAUUUAAUGGUGCAAAGGACGUGUCUAAUGACAGUUACUUUCCUCAUUUUAGCUGGACAAGUUAAGGUCAAGGGUCAACUAUCUGAAAUGGCAAAAUGUCUUGAGAAUCCAGACCAAGGUAUUGGUGACAUGUGUCGUCUGUUCUUUGCUGAGUUGGCUACUAAAGAUAAUGCUAUUUACAAUGGUUUUAUUGAUAUAUUUAGUAACCUUUCUUCAGACGAAAUGUUAAGCAAGGAUGGCUUCAAGAGAAUCAUAAAGUUUUUGGUUGCUUUUAUCGACAAAGAAAGACAUCAAAAACAAUUAAGUGAAAAGCUUCUUAAUAGGCUUCCAAAAUGUGAUUCGCAAAAACAAUGGGACGAUAUUGCUUUCGUCCUAAAUUGCUUGCCUUAUAAAAAUGAUAAACUAGGAGCGAUUUUGGAAGAAGGCUAUAAAGUGGUUUCUGCUAGAGACUGA